AUGGAUUCCCGGGCAUCCUUGGCGUCCAAGGAAUCAACAAUUGGAAUCAAAAUGAUCAGUGCAAGACGGCGCCCGUUGCACACAUGUGCGGUUUCAAUCUUAGUGAUAUCUCACAGAGCCUUCACCAUAGCCCAAGGUUUCAAUGGACCCUUAGGCUUCAUAGUAAAAUUUGCAGCCAGAGUGGCCACAUUGGGCGGACCCUUGGCCUAUGCCUUGCAAUACCAAUGGAUCACCAUGGCAAUCCUCUCCUUUAUCGACAAUCGAAUUUUAGCUCUUGAAGACAUGGUCGAGAGAUUCUACCCUCCAUCCCGCAUUGUGUUUAACAAGAUCGACGAUCUGGUCAGGGUCACCGAAACCCUACCUGGAAAAUUUGAUAAUGUCAUCGGCAAAAUCCCCGCUUGCGUCAGCCAUGUUUCGUUUUUGGAUUGGACAUUGGUUCGUGCUAUUUCAUUGCUGAAUUUUGUGGUGGCUACAUUAUUGAGUUAUUGGAGAAUGUCGAAGGGUACAAAGGAGAAGGAGAUUAAGGUUGAUACAAGCAGCAAAGUUGAACGCAACAAUGAACCGGGUUUUGUUCAUGAAGCAGACCGGCCUAAAGAACCCUUAACCCCAAGUAAUAAUAAUAAAUGUGCAGGUGGUGAUCAGAUUGAUAAGGAUAAUAUUAUGUCUCCUCAUCACGUAGGUGUUACCAAGGGUGCUACUUACAAGGAAGUACUUCUACAGAAGGCAACAAACAAGGCAGGGGUUGAAAAAAGAGAAGAGAAAAAUAUUAAUAACAAGGAAGAAGUGGAGAGCUCAAUUGCUGAUGAUGAUGAUGAAAGUGAUACCAAUUCUAAGGAUGAUGGGCUCCUAGAAUUGUUCGAAUCGGCAUGGCUUAUGACGUCGCCCGGAAGAAAUGCAAGUGGCUCAGCUCCUACAGAUGCAGACUUUGACCCCGAACUCGAUCUUGAAUUAGGAUCCUAUUUUGAUGACCCCGAACCUAAUUCUGAAUUAGGAUCCUAUUUUGACGACCCCGACUACGACGACAACGACCCCGACCUCGACUCCGAUGACGACCUCGACCUUGAAUUUGUCUCUGAUUCAGACCCAGAUCCCGACUUCGAUUCUGACUCAAGCCCCAACUCAAGCUCAGAUCUCGAUCUUGAUUCCUAUUAA